AUUGUCAUCAUAACCUAAACGUAGUGCAGUGCCGCAAAACGUCAACAACAUAUCUGCGAGUUUCUCAGUCCCAAUAAAAACAAAGAUUGUUCAUUGUAAAUCAAACAAAAACCCGAAGUAACAGUUGUUUUUCGUCGUGCACAACAAUGGAUGACGAUUUUUACUACGAAGAGGAAGAAUAUGGCGAUUAUGGUUUAGAAUAUUCGGAAGAAAGCACGUCAGAGCCCGAUGUUGACCUAGAGAACCAGUAUUACCUCGCCAAGACGCUCAAAGAAGAUAAUUUGGAGAGUUCGGUGACGGCUUUUCAGAAAGUUUUAGAUAUACAGGGCGAACACAAGGGUGAGUGGGGUUUCAAGGCCCUCAAGCAGUUGGUGAAGAUUAAUUUUCAGCUGAAGAACUAUGGAGAAACUAUGAAAAAGUAUAAAGAAUUACUAGGAUACAUCAACAAUGCUGUAACGAAAAAUCAUGGAGAAAAAUCAAUCAACUCUAUCUUGGACUACACAUCCACUUCCAAGGAUAUAGAACUAUUGCAGAACUUUUAUGAAACCACUCUAUCUGCCCUGAAGAACGCUAAAAAUGACAGGUUAUGGUUUAAAACAAACACGAAACUGGGAAAGGUCUAUCUGGAGAGAGGGGAAUUCACCAAGGUCGCGAAUAUUAUAAGACAGUUAUGGCAAACUUGCAAUCCGAAUGCCCAUGAAAUUGAUCCCCACAAAGGAACUCAACUCUUGGAAAUUUAUGCGCUCGAAAUUCAAAUGUAUACGGAACAGAAGAACCACAAGCAACUCAAGGAGCUAUAUGAACGAAGUCUAAAAGUGCGUUCCGCAAUUCCUCAUCCAUUGAUUAUGAGUGUUAUAAGAGAAUGUGGAGGAAAGAUGCAUCUGAGGUCUGGAGACUACGAAAAGGCUUACACCGACUUUUUCGAGGCGUUCAAGAACUACGACGAAGCAGGAAAUCCACGGCGAGUGAAUUGUCUGAAAUAUCUUAUUCUUACUAGUAUGUUGCUCAAAUCUGCUAUCAACCCGUUUGAUUCACAAGAAGCCAAGCCUUACAAAAACGAGCCAGAGAUAAAGGCGAUGACAGAUCUGAUUUUGGCAUUCCAGAAUAAUGACAUGAAGGAUUUCGAGAGGAUUUUCCAAGAAAACAAAGAAUCGCUGAUGGGCGACCCAUUCAUCCAUGAGCACAUAGCAGAUUUGCUGAAGCAUGUGAGAACCAAGGUACUUCUUAUUUUAGUGAAGCCUUAUAAAAACAUCAAAUUGUCCUUCAUCAGCAAAGAACUGGGGAUUAGCGUGGAAGAAGUGGAAUCUUUGUUAGUAUCUUGUAUCCUGGACGGAUGCAUAGAAGGCAGGAUUGACCAAAUCAAACAGAUCUUGGUUACAAGACCUAAAGCGUGCGACGAUAAAUAUGUAGCUAUGGAGAAGCUCUCCGACCAGAUCAAGAGAAUAACGUUUUCUAUUGGUGCUUAAUCGAUUUUUUGAAAUUUUGUUCGAAUAUGAUUUUGCCAGAUUAUCAAUAAAUAAUUAUAGAAA